AAGUUCAGCAAAGUACUCCUUAUCCUGGGAAAGAAUUUUUGAACUAAGGGUAGUCAUAGCAAUGUUCAUGAGAUCAGCUCUGAACUUAUCUGAACAUACUGUACAUGUUAAAUCAGUGCUUUACUUUGAACUAAUAAAACACCGUUAACUUAUGUUUUCAGUGUUCUAAGGAUUGAGCAAACUGGUAAUUUAUCAUUGCUAUGGUCUUUCAGGCUAUUUGAGGAGAUGCCGUCAUCGUCAUCGUCAUCCUUACUCUCUAGCUCCAAUACUGCGAGUGCUGAGCUUCCUCUAAUCCCUUGCAAGCUCUGCAAUGGGGUGGUGAUUGAGCGGGUCUCCAAACAACCAGAAACCACGUCGAGGAAGUUCUACCGGUGCAGAGCCAAGAAAACGGAUGGGUCUCAAUGUGAUUUUUUCCACUGGCAAGCGAGCUAUGCUGUUUUGUUAAUCAAGGAUGGGUUUGUCAGUGGUGACCGACGCCUUGAGUUGUUAAUGAUCGCACUUAAUGAUCAUGGCAAAGCCGUUGAAUCUCUAACCAAUUCCAUCAGAGAGAUGAAGAAAAAGCUGUCCAACCUGGAGUUAGUGAUGGAAGAGCUGGAUAAUGUGAAAAAGUCGAUGAAGGCAACCAUGGUUGAAAUUGAGGAAAACAAGAAAUCGACAGCUGCUGCAUUGAAACUUUUUCACAUUAUCCAGCUCUUCCAUCACUAACUCCAGGUUGGACAGCUUUUUCUUGUUUUCCAUGGAUAUUCAGUACUAUCUUGUCACGAGUUUUUUCUACAACAUUUUCCUUGUAGAAAUGAAGAAUGUCCCUGAAGAGUUUAAGAGAUGUUAAUACUUAGAGCAUGAUAACACUAGGCUAACACUAACAAAGACCACCUCUUCUUUACCUGUC